AUGCACCUUCCCAACAUCCUCGCCGCGGCCGGACUGAUAGCCUUGGCAGCCGGCCACGCUGGCCCUCAUCCAGAGAUUAGCAAGCGCGAGAUAACAAGACGACACGACCUCUCCGCGCGGUGCGCCCCGCAUGUAGCAAACUUCAACUCCAAGCGUAUGAAGCGUAACCUCUCCAAGCGCUUCCCGGGCCCAGCAAACGCAACCUACCAAAUCCAAACUGAAGCUCCGUACUACCAAACCAUCCAGAAUGACACAUGUGUGCUCACCCCGGAAGUAACACAGGGGCCGUACAUCUGGCCGCACUCGCAGACGCUACGCCAGGACAUGACCGAGGACCAGCCUGGCAUCCCGCUGUGGCUGGAUGUCGGCGUACUGGACAUGGAGACGUGCGCGCCGCUCGAGGGCGUACUGGUCGAUUUUUGGCACUGCAAUGCAACCGGUAGCUACUCUGCCUUCACAGGGUUGUCGCCUAACACGCCCUUCGAGGAGUUGCUGAAGCAGCUUAAUGUUUCCGUUUCGGAUAUGUUCAGUGCUGAUCUCCAUACCGAUAAUACCACUUUCCUGCGAGGCAUGUGGCCUACCGAUAAGCACGGGGUGAUGGAGAUGAAGACGAUUUUCCCUGGCUUCUAUGUUGAGCGAGCAAUCCAUAUCCAUGUGCAGGUGCACACGGACUGGACGAUCCGCGGUAACGGCACAAUAGCGUACGGCAAUACGAUCAGCACGGGCCAGAUUGACCGCGUGACCAAUGCCAAGGAUAUGUUCUUCGACCAGAGUACCGAGAAUGGGUACAAUCCUGUUGUUUCGGUUGUUCCCAUUGACGGUAAGGAUGUCACCAAGGGUAUGAUCGGGUAUAUUACUAUUGGCGUUGAUAAGAAUGGUCCUCAGACUGAUUCGUGA